AUGUCUGGACUUGUGCUUCGUGGGAACCUGUCAGAUGGUUCCUCUCUGCCAGCCGCUCGGGCCCGCUUGGAAUCGUUUGGCCCUGCUACUUCUAUGGGCUACGACUUUACGCUACUUUUUGAAGACACUAUCCUCUCUUUGCUACCAUCAGCUCUCUUAUUAUUAAGCCUACCAUAUCGCAUGAUAAGCCUCUAUGGCCAGCGGCCAAAAGUAUCUUCUGGGGGUUUUUUGCGCGAGAGCAAAUCAAUUUUCUUGGCCAUGUUUACCGCAAUCCAUCUCGCGCUGUUGAUCGCCCGCGUUUUGGAUUCAUCGCUACGCACGUCUGCUACUGCUGCCGAGUCUGCACUGGCUUUUAUCGCCAGUCUAGGUCUCUGUCUGCUUUCGCGGCUCGAGCAUUUGCGUUCUAUCCGCCCAUCGCCCAUGAUCAAUGGCUACAUCCUCCUCACUUUAAUCUUUGACAUUGUUCGUGUGCGAACUAUGUUCCUAGAUUCAAACAAAAGAUCCAUCGCCGGGAUAUUCUCCAGCAUGAUGGUUUUGAAAGUGAUGGUUCUGCUUGCUGAAGCAGUCGAAAAGCGAAAGCUGCUCUUGACACCAUAUCGCGAUUUAUCGCCGGAAGAAACAAGCGGUAUUUACAGCAAAUCGUUUUUUUUCUGGUUGAACCAACUCAUGACAUCUGGAUUUCAGCGUGUUCUUCAUAGUCACGAUUUGUAUCCGAUCGAUAGUAACAUGUCCUCCCUGGUACUCCAACAGCGAAUAAAACAUGCGUGGAGUGCUGCGACACAGGAUAAACGAAGAGCUCUUUUCUGGGCAGUCUUGCGUGCAAAUUUGAAUCCAUUACUUCUAUGCGUCAUUCCACGUUUGGUACAGAUAGGCUUUAGAUAUACUCAGCCUUUCUUGCUCUCGCGGACGAUUACUUUUGCAAAUGAUGAGAGCCAGUCAGACAACAUUGGCUGGGGCCUCACAGGCGCUUUUUUCAUAAUUUUUCUUGGUGUUGCUGUUUCAAAUGGCGUUUUCUACCAUAUGACUUUUCGUUUCGUGACAAGUAUCCGUGGCAGUUUGGUCAGCAUCAUUUAUUCAAAGACGGUCGAUCUCAGCAUCACAGCCCUCGACGAAUCAGUUGCAGUGACUCUGAUGUCCAGUGAUGUUCAAUCCAUUUGUAAUGGUUUCCAAUUAAUCAAUGAUCUCUGGGGAGUACCCCUUGAGCUCGUCAUUGUUGUCUAUCUCUUGACUCGCCAACUUGGCAUUGUGGCGCUCGUGCCAGCCAUUCUAUCAUUCAUAUCUACUGUUGCUAUCAUUUCUAUAGCGAAGUCGAUGGGACAUGCCCAAAAGAUAUGGAUGAAGAGCAUUCAAACACGAGUCGAUGUCACGUCCACGAUGUUAGGGUCUAUGAAGUCCGUUAAGAUGCUUGGCUUCACUGACUGGCUCGCGGGUAUUGUCCAAGGUCUCAGGGUAAGUGAGCUUCGGGAGGCAAAACUGUUUCGUAGAUUGCUUGUUUUGCGUGUCUUCCUUGCAAACAGUCUCAAAUUUCUAGCUCCACCCCUGACAUUUGCCGUCUUUGCGACUAUCCCGCAAAAAGGUCACUCUUUGAAUUUAAAUUCGGUUUACACCACCCUGUCCCUUAUUUCACUGCUGGCUACGCCUAUUAACACAUUCAUCCGAGCCAUUCCUGCUAUGAAUACUGCUUUGGCAUCUUUCAAUCGCAUCCAAGAGUUCCUCCAGUCUGAAGGCAGACAUGAUCAUCGCAUGGUUUUGGAAGAUUCUCCAGUCUCAACACAACGGAUUCAGUCAAGCUUGGAAGAGCUAGAACUAUCAGAUCUCAGUCCUUUGAGGCAAAAUCCAGCAUCGGAAGUCAUUUCUGCCCGAGAUGUGAGCUUCGCAUGGGACAAAAACGCAGUUUUCUCUGUCUCGAAUGUCAAUUUGAGUGUGCAGAAAGGUCAAUUUUGUUUUAUUAUUGGCUCAACAGGCUGUGGCAAGAGCACUCUCAUGAAAGGAAUUAUCGGUGAAACGCCAUCGACCAAAGGCUUUCUAUACACGAAAUACCGAGAGACAGCAUUCGUGGACCAGACACCAUGGAUCCGUAACACGUCGUUCAGGGAUAAUAUUUUAGGCAUCUCAAAUUACACGGAGACAUGGUAUCAUGAGGUUGUCAGCGCCUGUGGAUUGGAUCAGGAUGUUGCAAAUCUCCAAAAUGGCCACUUAACAAAAGUUGGUUCUUCCGGAAUCUCUCUUUCCGGGGGACAAAAACAACGGCUUGCGCUGGCUCGUGCUGUUUAUGCAUGUAAAAGUAUUAUCAUAUUGGAUGAUAUCUUGUCGGGCCUUGACGCUGACACUGAGGAACACGUCUUCAAAAGCCUGUUUGCAAGAACGGGAUUGUUUCGCCGACUUGGUACGACAGUGCUACUAUCUACCCAUGCUGUGCACCGACUUUCUUAUGCGGAUCAUAUUGUUGCUAUAAAAAGUGAUGGCUCUAUUGCAGAGCAGGGCACUUUAGAGGAGCUUGAGACUAGCGGAGGUUAUUUAACCCUCUUGAAAGCACAGUAUAAAGACCAGUCGAAUGAUGAAUUUGACCCCCAACGGCAUAAGGCUACGAAUGCCGCAAUCGAUGGCUCUGAUCAAGGAGCUCGAGUUGAUGCUAUGGAAGGAGAAUUGACCAGGCAAAAUGGAGAUUUCGCUCUUUACUUAUAUUAUCUUGGGUCUGUGCAUUGGGCAUCCAGUGCAUUUUGGAUGACUUUCUUUAUACUUGAAGGAGUAUCACCGAAGCUAAGCGAAUUGUUGGUCAAAAUUUGGGUGAGUUCAUUGGAAAUCAAUGGCAGUACUGUCAACUCCUUCUACCUUGGUCUCUAUGCCUUGGUGUCAAUCACAACGGCCAUUGCACUUGUGGGUGGAGCCUACCAUUUAUUCAUAUUCUUUGCUCCCCGAAGUGCUGAAACUCUACACGAACGUCUUUUAAAAUCGGUUAUGCAUGCGCCCUUGUCAUUCUUCACUUCAGUCGAUACUGGCACCACUCUGAACAGGUUCAGCCAAGACAUGACCUUGAUUGAUCAUGAUCUACCUUAUUCAAUCUUUGAUUUUGUAUUCUCUCUAUCGGGCGGAUUCAUGUCUGCUAUCAUGAUGUGUAUAUCGGCUCGGUAUUUUGCCGCCGUGAUAAUCCCAUUUUUCUUUUUUUUGUGGAUGUUGCAGAAGUUCUACCUACGAACAUCACGCCAAAUGCGCCUUCUAGACCUCGAAGCCAAAUCACCACUGUUCUCUCAAUUUAUUGAGAGCUUAUCAGGUCUAGUGACAAUCCGUGCCUUCGGCUGGGCGCCUGCAUUCGAAGACCAGAAUCUGGCCCUACUUGACGCGUCGCAGAAGCCCUUUUAUUUGCUUUUCUGUAUUCAGCGAUGGCUGGAACUAGCACUGGAUCUGUCUGUGGCUAUUCUAGGUGCUAUCUUGAUGGUGCUCGUCGUCAAGUUGCGAAGUGAGGUUGGCACUGGAUAUGUUGGUCUCGCCAUUCUUAAUGUCAUCACUUUCAGCCAGUCGCUUUCGCAGAUUCUAAGGAAUUGGGCCGAACUUGAGACAUCCAUGGGAGCAAUCGCUCGAAUUAAAGAUUUUGUUACCCAUACAGCCUCCGAGAACAAGCCAGGUGAGAACGAGGGGCUCCAAGCCAUGAACGUUGAUUUAUCCUCCUGGCCAUCUCAGGGUGCGAUCGAGUUUCAGAAUGUGUCUGCAUCUUACAAGGCCGGUGGAGAUCAAUCACUCGUACUUCGCAAUUUGAGCCUAUCGAUUCAGCCUGGUCAAAAGAUCGGGAUAUGUGGCCGCAGUGGUAGCGGUAAAAGCUCCCUUCUGGCUGCCCUGUUCCGACUGCUAGAAAUUGAGUCACAAAGUCGGAUUCUGAUUGAUGGCGUGAAUAUUGCACACAUCCCGCGGCAGAUUACACGUAAAGCUCUUAACGCUGUUCCACAAGAGCCUUUUCUCACCAACGGCACUGUUCGUACCAACAUUGAUCCGUCUAAUACCAACAGCAUUGAAGCGAUUGAGCGCGCUCUUCGUCGUGUUGAACUAUGGGAUGUUGUUCAGACGAAAGGCGGAUUCGACGCCCUUUUAGAUGCCAAUUUUUUCUCUCAUGGUCAAAGACAACUCUUUUGUCUUGCACGAGCGCUAUUGCGCAAAAGCAAAAUCGUGGUUCUCGACGAAAUGACUAGCAACGUUGAUGUUUUUUCUGACGCGUUGAUGCAACGAGUUGUUCGUGAAGCAUUUGCGGACUGUACGAUCUUGGUUGUUGCUCAUCGACUCGAAACCAUCCUUGACUUUGAACGCAUCGCCGUGAUACAUGAUGGCGAGCUGAUUGAAUUUGAUACGCCGGAGGUACUUCUCAAAACUGAUAGUGCAUUCAGGGAGCUGUAUGAGUCAUGA